CUCUGCGUUUGGCAGCCCCCCUUAUCAGAUAAUCCAAGGGAGUCCGUGGAACAAAUCAUGAUCAUGUUCGAUUCUCUCCGGCGCCGUACAAUGCAGUUGGAUGAGAAGGAAGAUUCUAACAAACGUGCUGACUUGAAGGCUGGUGGUCUCAUGAUGCAGAAUAACAUGAGAAUCAAUAAUGUCAAGAUGGUAGGACAUGUACCUGGUGUUGAAGUUGGCGAUAUUUUCUUUUUCAGGAUUGAAAUGUGCAUUGUUGGUUUACAUGCACCAGCCAUGGGCGGCAUCGAUUACAUGCCUGUUAAUAGUGUCGGAAAAGAUGAGAGUCUGGCUGUUUGCAUCAUUUCGUCUGGUGGCUACGAUAAUGAAGAAGAUGAUACAGACAUUUUGGUAUACACAGGACAGGGAGGCAACAGCCGGAAGAAAGAGAAGCAUGACCAGAAGCUUGAAAGAGGUAACCUUGCUCUCAUGAACAGCAAGAACAAGAAUACUCAGAUAAGGGUCGUGCGCAGCACACAUGACCCCUUCCGUCACUCAGAAAAGAUUUAUAUAUACGAUGGGCUUUAUCGCAUCAAAGAAUCCUGGAUGGAAAAGGCAAAGAGUGGUUUUAAUGUUUUUAAGUACAAGCUGAGAAGGGAGCCAGGGCAACCUGAUGGAAUAUCAGUUUGGAAGAUGGCUCAGAAAUGGAAAGAAAAUCCCGCCACAAGAAAAAACAUUAUACAGAUGGAUUUAUCAUCAAAUGUUGAGAACAUUCCCGUGUGCGUAGUUAAUGAUGUCGGCAAUGUGGAAGGACCAGUCCACUUCAAUUAUGUUACUGGGGUGAAGUACUUAAGACCACUUAGUAGGGAAAAGCAAUUACAAAAUUGCAAGUGUCACCGUGUGUGCUUGCCUGGUGACCCUGAUUGUUCAUGCGCACAACAGAAUGGCGGCGAUCUUCCAUACACAUUAUCAGGACUGCUUGUGAAGCCCACUCCAAUACUUUACGAGUGCUCUUCUAGGUGUAAGUGUUCUGAAAACUGUCGAAACAGGGUCACACAGAAGGGCAUCGAACUGAACUUUGAGAUUUUCUGGACUGGGGACCGUGGAUGGGGUCUCCGUACUUGGGAUCCUGUCCAUGCUGGUGCAUUCAUCUGUGAGUAUGCUGGUGAAGUCAUCGACGAAACCAAGGUGAACAUCGAUGUUAAGGAAGAUGAUUAUAUAUUUGAUACAUCAUGUACAAGUGAAAAGGUUUCGAGAUGGAAUCAAGGUACAGAAUUGCUAGAAGAAAUAAGUAGAGGUGCAACAACUGAGAACACUAAAGAUUUACCUAUCAUCAUAAGUGCAAAAGAUUCUGGCAAUGUGGCCCGAUUCUUGAACCAUAGUUGUUCUCCGAAUCUCCUUUGGCAGGCGGUACAGUAUGACCAUGGGGAUGAUAGGUACCCGCACAUAAUGUUCUUUGCGAUAAAACAUAUUCCUCCGAUGACUGAACUGACCUAUGAUUAUGGUACAAGAGGGGCUCCUCCUGGCUUUGAGGGCAUAUUUCCUAAAGCUUGCAAGCUCAAGCAAUGCCUCUGCGGUUCUAUAAAUUGCCGAGGCUAUUUCUGA